AUGCGCUGCCAAUGCGCGGUCCUCCUGGGGCUCGCGUGCGCUAGGGGCUUCGGCCUGCGCCCGACCUUGCAUGGACGCCCCGGGCGGACGGCGCGCGCGAGCACGCCGGGCGAGAUCCUGUUCGAGGCGCAGCGGGAGGCGAUGGCCGUCGCCGCGGAGGAAGAGGGCGCGUGCUUCGAGGGCCGCGUGACGGCCCUACCGGCGCCGUCGCUCGCGGCGAAGCCGAAGUCGAAGGCGAAGGCGAAGCGGCGGCGCGGCGCGGGCUUCGCCGGCGCGACCGACGCGGCGGGCGACGCGGCGGCCGCGGCCGCGGCGGCCGCGGCCUCGGCGCGGUGGCGCGCGCUCCGCAAGGCGGGCGUCCUGAAGAUCGAGGGCGCGAUACCGCGCGAGACCGCGGCGGAUUUGCGGGCGUACGUCGUCGACGACCUCGCGGCCGCGCGCGCGGCGUGCGCGGCCGCGGCUGAGGCCGGCGACGCGGAGGCGCGGCGGGAGAACCGGCGCCGCUUCCACUCGGACGUCGCCGAGCGGCCGCUGCGGUCGUUCCUGCUGACGCCUCUCGACGAGCCCCGGUGCCACGCGGGCCUGCGCGGCCUCCUGGCGAGCGGGUCGCCCCUCGGCGACGUCUUCGAGCGCGCGUGCGGCGGCGACGACGCCCAAUUCUACGAUUUCAACGCUUUGCGGACGGAGCGCGGGUCGCCGCGGCAGCCCGUGCACUGGGACACGCCCUUCCAGGAGCGGCCGCCGCUCUACACGGCCUUCAUGGGCGCGACGCUCUUCCUGCCGGGCACGCACGCGCUCGGCGACGGCACGCGCCGGGGCUUCGACGCGGGCGGCGCCGCGAAGCGCGCGGCGCUCGAGGGCGCGCGGGUCUUCGACGGCGUCCUCGAGCCGGGCGACGUCACGAUCUUCGACAUGCGCGUGCUCCACUGCGGCCAGCCGAACCUCGCGGACCGCGGCGACCAGCGCUUCUUCCUCAACUUCACGUUCUGCAACCCCCGCGCGGACUGCAGCGACCUCGGCCACGCGCCCUGCAUCCGCCCGGGCUACGCGCGGCGCAUGACCCUCGCCGACGUCCGCGCCCAGCUCGCGUCCGCCGCGCCCUUCGCCGACCUCGGCGACGGCCUACGGUGA